AUAACAUACCAAAGGGAAGUAACUGCUCGAAAGAAACUCAUAAAAUCUCGUGACAAUGACAAACAACAGGGAAGGAAAUUCCUAAUUGCUGUUGUUCAUAUGAUAAUAUUUUGAGCAUUUCUCGUUCCAAUUGCAAAUAAAUUCCGUUUAACUCGAAUCAGUUUCGCCAGGAAGCUGACAUAAGUGAGAUGGAUAUUCCAGUGGUAUUUACGCUGUCAUCUCUUUACAUACUGGCCAUCCUUUGCUGCUGUUCACAAGGCCAAUCUCCACCUUAUGAGGCAGAGUGUGUUGAAGGAAAGUACCCCCCUCCAUCCAGCCGCAGAGUUAAGGAGUAUGUGGUUAAUCUAGACCUGCCUGGUAAAGAACGAUGGAAACAUGUGGCUGCUGAGAAGAAGCAAGAAAUUAAGAAUAUUCUUGCCUCCUUCAAGAAGUACAUAUAUGACUUUGGAGGAAUUGCUGCUGAGAUUUGGUACCUCAUAGACCUGUUAGGGCCAGCAAUAGUGGACGUAUUACCACAGCCUUUCCAGGAUGAAAUACGUGGGAUAUCAGAUGUGACAGGCAUAGAAAUAGGGGAGGUAACUCUGUACAAUAUAUUCUAUGAGAUCUUCACAGUUUGCACAUCCAUUGUGGCCCAGGACAGCAAUGGUACGCUGUAUCAUGCCCGGAAUCUCGACUUUGGUCUCUUCAUGGGAUGGGACCCUAAGAACCGUACCUGGGAGAUCACAGAGUUGUUACGACCGGCCAUUGUAAAUCUGGACUUCCAGCGGGGUGGCAAAACUGUGUUUAAGUCUGUUAACUAUGCUGGAUAUGUUGGCAUUCUGACAGCAAUCUCUCCAGGAAAAUUCACCUUGACUAUGAAUGAAAGAUUUACACUAGAUGGAGGAUAUAUUGGUAUAAUCAAUCUCAUACUGACUGGGAAGGGCACAUGGAUGGGUUUCCUUACCAGGGCGACCAUGGAGAAAGCCGAAAGUUUCAAGGAAGCCCGGGCCAUGUUGACAAGUACUCAGAUGAUUGCCCCAGCCUACUUUAUCCUGGCUGGAAACACAUCUGGGCAGGCUUGUGUGAUAACUCGUAACCGUGAGGUAAAUGGGACAGACACAUGGUGGAUGAAGGAGGCCGGGGGCUGGUACGUCCUGGAGACAAACUAUGACCACUGGUCCAAACCUUUGUUUGUUGACGACAGAAGAACCCCAGCAAACAAAUGCAUGAAGAAGCUCACUCAGAAGGGUGUUGGCAUACCAGGCAUUUUCGAUGUAUUGUCAUCUAGACCAGUUUUAAACAAGUUGACGACGUACACAGCCCUGAUGCAAGUAAACCAAGGUCACCUUGAGACAUGGCUUCAGUACUGCCCUGACCCUUGUUUUCCCUGGUGACCUCUUGAACAAGGUCAAGGUCACAUGGAUACAUUUAAGUGGCUCACUUCAAGAAACAAGCAUGGAGUUAAUUCUGCCUACAGACCAGUAGUGAAUAGAAAAUAAACCAGUGUUACAAUUGGUGCAGCCAUUUUUGAGCAUUACCGGGAUAUUAGUGAAAAGCUUAAGGUCAAGGUUUAAACUUGGUCACUUGCUACUAUCAUUACAUGCGUGUACCACCAAAUCCAUCGCUACUAUCGUGUAAGCUGUAAAUAAGAAAUCUCUUCUUGAAUAUUAUGUUUCUGCCACACAUAUUGCGAGCUAUAUUGAUAUAUAACCAACUUCUAUGCAAUGGAAUGGAAGCGAAUAGUGCUUCUUAUUUAUGCAAUGCCCUAGGGUAUCUAGGUCUUUGCUUGAAUAAGAAGCAUGAUCAUGAUACUAUGUAGCACUCUCUGCCUAUGCAACAUGCCAAAGAUCUAAGAAUAAAGUUUGUUACUUGCGUACCAGUAAACUAAUCUAUGACAUUUUUACUUGAAUUAGCUUCAUGAGAUGUGUUAUUUAUUAAAUGAUCAUGGGAUAUUUAAUUGCCUGGACCCCAAUUUGUCAAGAAUCUUCAAAGCGAUUUCAUACCUACAUUUAGGAGGGUUUAUAACAAUAAUAUAGUACUGUUUUUAAUUUCUUGCCAGAAACAAAUUGCUUCAAGGAAUUUUGGUGAAACAUCGCCCAUUUCCAUAGCAUUAAUUAUGCAGAAAGCUUUGAAUAUGUGUUGCUUCUGUUGUGCAUGUCAUGGUCAUGUGAAGUAGGGUAUUAUUCUGGUUAGAGAACACAAUGUUUUUUUCCACUCUUCUGUUUUUGAAAGAAAAAAGUUGACAGGCAUUUUUAUCAUUUAGCUCUCGUUGAUCUCCAACACAUUAAUUUUUGCUAUUAAUAAAAAUUCACUGAGGAUAUUCUUAUGAAACUUAACCUGCAUGUUGCCAGAGGCAAUUUGUAGCAAGGCCCAUAAUCAGCCUUUAAAAAUUGAUGAAUUAUGCCGGUUUUCAACUGAGAGCAUUGGCAUCUGUUGAGAGUGUCGGAUGCUGUUUAAGAAGUGGUUACCGGUAUGUGUUAUGACGUUAUUGCCUUCUUAAAAAAAAGCGUAUAUGUACAAAAUUGCUUUUCUUAUAACAGUUUACCAAGUGCCUAAGUUCUGUGAUAUCUGUUCAUUCCAAAUGCAAAUAGGUCAGGGAUUCAAAAUUGUGCAUUGAUUUGCUGAUCCUGAAAAUUAGGGUUCUUUAAUUGUUAAUACAUUAAAGUUGUACAUGCUUUGUUAGAUUUUUUUACUACCAUGUUAAGUUCUUAACCUUAAUACUCUUGUGUUAAUGUAUUCUGUGAAAGUACAUCUAUUUUAUAAGCUUAUCUAUUUUAAAAAAAAAUAAGUUGAGGUAAUGCAGUGGGUAUUUUUAGAGAGUAAAUGGGGCUCUGCUUUGGUCCUUUGCUUGAAAUACAAUUUGGAAAACUGAUGUUGUCCAGUUAGGGCAGUGGCAAAUACACUUGCUUUUCACCCGGGUUUGAUUCCUGGCCUGGGCGCAUGCGAGUUAGUGUUCACCAAGCCGUACAAGUCGGUUUUCUAUGAGUACUCUGGUUUCCCCCACAACAUAAGACGACACUAUCACGCAACAUCGUGCCAACGAAAAAGUGACAUAGUAUAGGUUAUCACAACUUUCUUUUCAAUCGUUGUUAAAUAUAUGAUGUUUAAACUUAUUCGGUAAAUUCACCAUUUUUUCGUGUUUUGUUUUCACCAGCUCUGACCUUAUUAACAUUUUCUUUCAUGUAUUGUCAUAGUAAUUUUGUCGUCAUCGGCAGCGCUGUUGGGCAAACACUUUACCUUGGUUAUUUCUCAAAAAUACGUUCAACGUACAGUCAGAACCCAUUGGCUAGAUAUCACUUAGGUUGAUUUCCCAGUUGCCUCAAACUGGAUGUUAAGGACCAAUUAUUUUUUCUUUGUAAGCAUGUCCUCUAAGCUUAAUAUUGGUGAGGCUGGAAUGAAGUGGUGGGUCCCUGGGAUAUCGAGCCAAUGGGGGUCCACUGUAUUCAAACUCAACUAGGUACCCAUGUUACCAGGGACAAUAAACACAUGUUUUGAGUUAUGCCCCUUUUUCGACUGCAACAAAAAACAGACGAGUGUUGGCUUUCCAUCUGCAGCACUCUUGUUUAUCAUCGAACAUUAACAUUGUAAAAUACUGUUACUGCUUUAAUUUUUGCGUUAAUGAUAGAAAUAAUGUAUGUAUAAAAAAAAGAGUUUAUUCUUGAAUGUUGUUUGUACCUUUAUAUAUGGUUUAGUUCUUGUGAGUCUUUAUGCAAUUGAUCUGACAGGAAUAUAGAUCUUGCUUUAGGAAAAGUCUGAAUUUGUAUUUGAUAAUAUUGUAUAUACAUGUAUUGAAAUUGUGCUAAAAUUGUAUGUCAUUUUUAUUUUUGUUUAUUGGCAGGUCAUGGCCGAGUUUCAGUGUGACUGAAUGUGCAAUAUCAGAAAUAUAAUCUUGUUUCCAUUUUUAUCAGAACUCAACUUGAGUUUCAUAUUUUGCUUGUCUAAAAGGUAUUGAAAUUGUCAAGUGGUGCUGCCCUUGGGCCUAAAAUAAAAAAAUUCUUGUUUGGAGUAACGCGACCGACCCAUAAAAAUCGUUGCCGACUCAAAUUUUUUUUUGGCAUUUUGAUCCGCGAAUUUUUUUUUCAACGCCUUUCCGCUACUAUUUUCUGUUUCGGCUCUUUUCUUCUGUUUCGGUUCUUUUCGAUUUGUAGACACACUCGUAGAGCUUCGGUUUUUAUCGCUGAUCCCAAUGAGCGUUUCGAAAACAUGGCUGAUAGCUAACACAAAAUUCUGAUAGAAUUGAUUUUAUUUGGUAAAACAUAAUGAAACAUUUGACAAUGUAAAAUCAAGUGAACUACAAGUACACAAAGCCAUUGUAUGAUUGUAUGUAAACCAAUUUGUUUCACAUUUUCGUUUGCUUAUCUUGAGUGUCAUAAGUUUGUUUUGUUGAGUUCAUCUCUGUGUCAGACUUAAGUAGAUUGAAAUUCUUUGAAAUUAAAAAAAUAAAGGAUCAGAAGUUAAGAUGUUUGUUGUUCAAAAGUUUAUUACAAUGCCUUGAAUAACUAGUGUUAUGUAGUGAAUGUACUGUACACAAGAUCCAGUUGUCGUUGGAGAAAAAAAAAAAAAAAAAAAAAAAAAAAACCUACCUACCUACCCACCUUAAAAAAUCUGGGUAGGGUUACUCCAAACAAGAAAUUUUUUAAGGUUGGCCUUGUCAUUCUGACUGUUGGUAUGGUGCACAAACUUUAAAGAGACUGGCUCAAAGUAAGCCAUCCAUCACAAAUAAAUUGCUACUGGUCAAGUUUCAUGUAAAAGUUACAAAAUGUUAGGUUUGAAUAUUUUUAAAGUUUUUAUUGAGAGUUUUAUUUGAUAUAGGUAUUAUUUGAUUUAAGAACCAAAUUAAUGAAAUUGCUUUAUAAUCAUAGUAGACUUUUGUUUUAUAAACGCCCUUCAAGAUAUCAUGCCAUAAUAGUAGCAUCAUUAUGGGGUUAUUAAAAAAUGAAUCCAAACAAUAAUAUAAUGGUUAUUACCGGUAAUCAAUAUCAACUUAAGCAUAUAAUAAUUUUGAUGUUAUUAUUUAAAAUGCACCAACACAUUUUGCAUUCUAAUGAUAGAUGGCUUACCUUAAAACCUUUGUUCAAAUUGGGUGAUAUUAGUAAUGGUCAAAGGUUGUUAGUAUAUACAUACAAAAAUAAAUGAUAUGCUGCACUUGUCUCUCGUAACCAUGUUUUUUUGUGUACUAGGUACUUUCUAACAACCUUUAACUAUUUUAGUGGUCUACAUUUUAUUGUGUAAUCUACCUACUGAAUGGGCCAGCCAUGGUUUAUAUCUAUCGCUUCACCUGAUUUAAAUCGAUAAUGACUGUCUGCUGAUUUACUGAUAUAAAUGUAUUAAAAUGAAAACGUGAGAUAUUCUUAUUGGACAAAAUAAAAUGUAGACCACUAGCUUACUUUUAUAAACAAACACCAAACAACAACUGGUAAAUUAUUUGGUAAAUCCAAGUUAAAAUAGUUCAAGUUUCAAUAUGGUUUCUACUCCAUUUCCACAAACUAGAGCAUUUUCAACCACACUUUUAUAUUGUCAACAUAAGAGCUUUAUGUUACAAAAGCUGGUAGCUUAUAAAAUCUUGCAAUAGUACUGCAUUGUAUUAAACCAUUUAUUUGGUAAACACAUAUUCAUAACUUUUAACCAUUAUUAAGUAGUAAAUUAUUUCUAAUAUCUUAUUAAGAUAUCAGGACAUUUUCACCUGAAGGUAUUAGGUGAGUUUUUUUAAUCAGGUGUGAUAGGGUUAAUCAUACUUUAACCUAAUUAACUGUGGGAUUUGUUUUGUUAUUGUAUGAAGGUGCUUACAAUACAAUAUUGUACAUAUACAUUCAAGCUUGUUUAAUCAGAGGUCUUAUUCUUUUUUAAUUACUUUUAAUUCUGAUCUCAAGUGAAAAUAGGUGGUCAUGUUCCAAAAAAAGUUUUAUUAUUUGAAGGUCAUGCAAAUGGUCUUUCAAUCUACAUACAUGUAUUAAGUUGAGCACCAGAUUUUCCCUACCAGACUCCUUUAUGUUAUAACUACAUAGUCGAUAGACCAGGUUCGGAAGUGUGUGGGGGGGGGGGCACACAAAUGAACUUUUCAUUUUAAUCUUGUAAAAAAAUAUUAUUAAUGCAUAAAUAAGACCAAAAUGCACAAUUUUACACUUCAACAAGCGAAAUAGUUAUUGGGGAAGAACCAAAAAUAAACCCUACUUUCCACGUUGAGAUCCUAGGUGUCUGGUCCAUGACACAGCCUUAAGUUGCACCCCUAAAGUGCACCCCUUCUGAACACCCAUGUUAAUCUCGUUCAUAAAUCAUUAUGUACAAUUGCUAAUUUUUUUUUCUGAUAUUUUUGUUGUUACAUUUAUUGGUCUUUUUUAACUUUUCACCUAUUGUGCCAGGGUUUUGAUAACGAUAUUAAAUUGUUUUAUGUUUAAAAGCAAUGAAUAUUGCUUUGACUUUGAAGUGCUGGACUGUUGUUAUGUAAAAAAAUAAAAAAAAAAUGCUUGCAUUAGCAGUCAGUCGUUUGUUAACAACACAGUCAUGAUUUAAAAUAGAAACCUGUUAAUGCAACUUUAAGGUUUAUUUAUAAAUGAAGUUAAUUUCACCUUUUUUUCUUUAAAUCGAAUAUUUAUUAAAAAAAUGAAAAUUAAGUUAAUAGAUAUUUGAAAAUAUUUGGUUUCAUCAUGUGUUUAAAAUCUCCAAUUAAGUCUAAAUAAAUAUUUGAAAAUGUU